UUAGAACCACACCAUUGGACUCCACGGUCCCACGGAAGCAGAUAAGUUGAAGAUGAAUGGAAGGAGAAAGGUGAAAGGAGGAGGUUUGUGAAGUGUGUAAUUAAUGGCAGCAACUAGCAUCAUCUCCAUCUCCUCUGCUUCACUCUUUACUCCAACAACACCUCAACCCAAAACCCAAUGCCUCCUCAAACACAAGGACCAUGAUCAACUUCCAUCAUCCUCCUUCACAGCACUUGCUUCUCUUAAGAUAUCAAGACCAACAACAUCGUUUGGAGUCACUACAACCACAAGGCUUCCUCCUCGUAGGUUCACUUGUUCUGCAUCCGCAUCUUCCUCUUCCACUCUCCCCUCGGCUCUUCUAUUUGACUGUGAUGGAGUUCUUGUGGAUACUGAGAAAGAUGGCCAUCGCAUAUCUUUCAACCAAACCUUCCAAGAGAGAGAACUAGGAGUUACCUGGGAUGUAGACUUGUACGGGGAAUUGCUCAAAAUUGGAGGGGGAAAGGAAAGGAUGACAGCAUACUUUAACCAGACGGGUUGGCCUGCUAAUGCCCCAACAGGUGAACAAGAAAGAAAAGAAUUCAUAGCUUCACUCCACAAACAAAAGACAGAACUAUUUAUGGCCCUAAUUGAGAAAAAACUGUUGCCUCUUCGUCCAGGUGUUGCAAAGAUUAUCGAUCAGGCUUUUGCUCAAGGAGUCCAUGUUGCAGUUUGUAGCACAUCCAAUGAGAAGGCGGUCUCUGCAAUAGUAUCAUUCUUGCUGGGACCUGAGCGAGCAGAAAAAAUCAAGAUAUUUGCAGGAGAUGUGGUUCCCCGUAAAAAGCCUGAUCCAGCCAUCUAUCUAUUAGCAGCAAGUACUCUGGGUGUUGAACCUUCAAGAUGUGUUGUAGUGGAGGAUAGUGCCAUAGGCCUAGCAGCUGCUAAAGCAGCUGGAAUGACUUGUAUAGUAACAAAGAGCGGGUAUACAGCAGAUGAAGAUUUCUUAAAUGCAGAUGCUGUGUUUGACUGCAUUGGUGAUCCUCCUGAGGAGAGAUUUGAUUUGGCAUUCUGUGGAAGCCUUCUUGAGAAGCAAUACGUGAGCUAGGAUUUUGUUUCAUUCAAGUCUCCUUCAAUGUUUCUAUCAAUGAUGAAAAUAUCACCAUAGGUUGUAUAAAUAAAGAAGCUUCAUUUCUUGUUGAGCUAAAUUUCUUUCCAAGUAAUUUUUUUUGUUGUUGUUCAUAUAAAUACAAUGAAUGAAGCAUAAAAUUUUAAAUUCACCCUC